UUAGCCUAGCUGCGCACGUGUGGCCGGUUCCGGGCUCUGAGCAGCCAGCCGCCCGGGAGUGUUUUCUGACAUCAUGUCGUACCUGCAAAUGAAACUUCUGCGCAAGAAGAUCGAGAAAAGGAAUCGCAAAUUGCGACAGCGAAACCUGAAGCUGCAGGAAAAGCUGCAAGAGUCAGAUGAGUGCCCAUCAGAAACUCAGAAUGAAAAUGUGCCAGAAGAAACAUUAAAAAUUGGAAAAGUUAAAAAAGUUAAGCGUUCUGUGAAUGUGGGUUUGUCAGAAGUACAAAAUGGAGAUAUGUCAGAAGACACGGUGAAAAAUGUAAAAGUUGAAAAGCACCCCCAGGAAUCUGACACUUCAACCAAAGGAGAAGUAGAAGUAGCACAGUCUCCUAAUACGGAAUCAAAAAAGAAAAAGAGGAGGAAAAAGAGGGAAAUGACAAAUGAUGCUGAGCCUGAUACUAAAAAGGCAAAAAUUGAAGAAGGCACCAAGGCACCUCCUAAAGAAACAGAAGGCAGUGUUGAGAAGCCAAACAAUAAAGCCGAGGACAAUGAAGUGCCCAGCCUGCCCCUGGGACUGACAGGUGCCUUUGAGGAUACUUCAUUUGAUUCUCUAACUUACCUUGUCAAUGAAAAUACCCUGAAAGCAAUAAAAGAAAUGGGCUUUGUACACAUGACUGAGAUUCAACAUAAAAGUAUUAAACCACUUCUAGAGGGCAGGGAUCUUUUAGCAGCCGCAAAAACAGGAAGUGGCAAAACCCUGGCAUUUCUCAUUCCUGCUAUUGAGCUCAUUGUUAAGUUAAAGUUCAUGCCCAGGAAUGGAACAGGAGUCCUCAUUCUCUCACCUACUCGAGAACUAGCCAUGCAGACUUUUGGUGUUCUUAAGGAGCUAAUGACUCACCAUGUUCACACGUAUGGGUUGAUCAUGGGUGGCAGUAACAGAUCUGCUGAAGCACAGAAACUCUGUAAUGGGAUCAACAUCAUUGUGGCCACACCAGGCCGUCUCCUAGACCAUAUGCAGAAUACUCCAGGAUUUAUGUAUAAAAAUUUACAGUGUCUAGUUAUUGAUGAGGCUGAUCGUAUCUUGGAUGUUGGAUUUGAAGAAGAAUUGAAGCAAAUUAUUAAACUUUUGCCAAUACGCAGACAGACCAUGCUCUUUUCUGCCACACAAACUCGAAAAGUUGAAGAUUUGGCAAGAAUUUCUCUGAAAAAGGAGCCAUUGUAUGUUGGUGUUGAUGACGACAAAGCCAAUGCUACAGUGGAUGGUCUUGAGCAGGGCUAUGUUGUUUGUCCCUCUGAAAAGAGAUUCCUUCUCCUCUUUACAUUCCUUAAGAAGAAUAGAAAGAAGAAAGUGAUGGUUUUCUUUUCAUCGUGUAAAUCCGUGAAGUACCACUACGAGUUGCUGAACUACAUUGAUUUGCCUGUCUUGGCCAUUCAUGGAAGGCAGAAGCAAAACAAGCGCACAACCACAUUCUUCCAAUUCUGCAAUGCAGAUUCAGGGAUAUUGUUGUGUACAGAUGUGGCAGCAAGAGGGCUGGACAUUCCUGAAGUCGAUUGGAUUGUUCAGUAUGACCCUCCAGAUGACCCUAAGGAAUACAUUCAUCGUGUAGGUAGAACAGCCAGAGGCCUAAACGGAAGAGGGCAUGCCUUGCUUAUAUUGCGCCCAGAAGAAUUGGGCUUCCUUCGUUACUUGAGGCAAUCCAAGGUUCCACUAAAUGAAUUUGACUUUUCCUGGUCAAAAAUUUCUGACAUUCAGUCUCAGCUUGAAAAACUGAUUGAAAAGAACUAUUUCCUUCAUAAGUCAGCCCAGGAAGCAUACAAGUCAUACAUUCGAGCAUAUGACUCCCAUUCUCUGAAGCAGAUCUUCGAUGUUAAUAACUUAAAUUUGCCUCAGGUUGCUCUGUCAUUUGGUUUCAAGGUGCCUCCUUUUGUUGAUCUGAAUGUGAACAGCAAUGAAGGCAAGCUUAAAAAGAGAGGAGGUGGCGGAGGAUUCGGCUACCAGAAAACCAAGAAAGUUGAGAAAUCCAAAAUCUUUAAGCACAUUAGCAGGAAGUCUUCGGACAAGAGGCAGUUCUCUCACUGAAGACUUUCCUUCCACCUUCACUAAAUGAUUCUGUUCUGUUUUUCUACAAAAGGAUUUUUAUAGCCUUUAGGAUGUUCUUGGUCUUCACUUUGAUGCUACAGUGUUUUAAUUUUAAAUAUUCCCUACAGGUACACACAUACACACAAAUCAUGUCAUUGUUUUAAUAUAACUAUUUUUGUAACUUUCUGGUAUGUGAAGAAUUUGUGGCAUGGGUAACUAUACUAAUUUGC